AUGUUGAGGUCCAUCAUUGAAUUACAUGAAACCUUGGGAAUCGUGAUCACGGAAGCAGAGCAGCCCGAACGAUUUCACAUAACCGAAGCAAAGACUAAGCAACAAGCUCGUUCUCCCCGCGAUUUUCGCCCCAGCCCCCGACCCCCGACCCCCACCGACUAUCGAUCCGAUCUCGAAAGAAGAACAGAAGAAGAACAGAAGAAGGAAAUAAGAAAAGAGAAGAACAAUGCCCCCCAUGCACUGAGAGAAAAGAAAACAAAGACGGGUGCUCGAACCUCUCUAAUCCUUACCCGCUCCGCAUCCUCAUUCUUCCUAUAUGAGACACGCACGGAGAAAGAAAAAAAGAAAGCAAAUUAG